GUGUCGGCUUUUCGAUGGAGUGAGUGAUCAUCACAACUUUGUGUUGUCAUUAAUCUUGAACGUUUCUUGCGUUAUUUCAUUUCACAAACGUUAAAUCCUACUUGAACGAGUAGGAAACUUGUCGUUUAAGUCGUUUAAAAACUCUAAAAAAAUGCCCUCGGCCUCGAAUGUGAAAAUUGAUAAGCAAGUGUCUCCAGAAGCAUCUCUUCCGGACUCAAAUUCAACGCCCUUGAGACAAGUCAUAACCCUCGUCGAACACAAAAUUAGGAACCUCGAAAAGCGCAAGUCGAAAUUAGAAUCGUAUAGAGAUCUGCAAAACGCCGGUAAAGAGCUCAAUUCCGAUCAGAAGACUGCCGUGGCCAAGUACAAUGAGGUGACCCAAACGCUCGACUUUGCCAGAGAUAUCUACAAACAGUUCCUAGGAAUUGCCGUUGUCUCGGAAAAGGAGGCCAAAAAGCAAGCUAAGAAGGAAGCGGCUGCCAAAAAUCAGGCCGAAUUGGCGAGACUUCGAGAGAUUCUUUUGGUGCAAGAUGCACUCAAUCAAAUGGGGAAUGAAGCGGUCAGGGAGGAUUUCCUCCAUGGGAGGAACGGCGCCGCACACCUCACCGACGCCGAUCUCAAAUUGUUGGAUGACCUGUACCCAGCCGUGACCCCAAAACACGAAGCGGGAAACCCAACUGCCUUCACGAAUGAGGUUCAAGCCGCCGCUGAGCACCUCCUUGCCGUUGUAGAUGGCAAACCAAAAGAAGUAUUUGGAGGAACUUAUAGUCAAGUCAAAGAAAUUCUUGGUAAAAUCCAUGAAAGCGGUUAUUUUGAUCAAGUUCCUGUGUUUGAGAAUUUGGUUGAGAGUGAACAACCGGAAGUCGCAUCUAGCGACCCUGAGCCCCCUCAGCAACUCCCUUCCAUGGAGAUGCUCUCUAUUGAGUCUGUAGUACCAUCAGCGAUGGUACAACAACCACCCAUAACGGAACAACCACCACCACCACCACCACCAAUGGAUCAGUCUCUUACUCCCGAACAGCAAUUGUAUUUUCAACAACAACAGCCACCUCCGAGACCUAUAACGGAAAUGCUAGGGACUGGAAGUUUCUUUUUUUUGCAAGAAUCCGAGAUUGACACUCCACCUGAACAGAUUCCGAGCCAGACGUUCACGAAUCAGAGUUUUGUGACGGGAGGAGCACCUCCACCACCGAUUCCUUUGCCUCCUUUAUUUCAAAAUAUUCCGACGAAUUUACCACCACAACCACAACCACCGAUUCCAGUGACGGGAAAUAAUAAUAAUAAUAAUAUUGAAGAGGCUCAUAAAGAGGAAGUGCAUAAACAAGGAGGAAAUCGCCCACCGAGAUCCAAUAACCAAUCGUAUUAUCAGAAUAAUAAUAACGGAUACAGUAACAGGCCUAAACAAAACAGGAACGGACCUAGACCUGGAAAUAGGCAUUGAAGAAACAUGACGGAGCAAACGGAAUUCGAUAUUAGUCUCUGAUUUAAUUUAAUUAAAAAACAUAAGUCACUAAAGUCAAUUGGUUCAACUCUCAGGUUGGCCAACAACAAUUUCAUCUAUUUAGUGUUAAAAAUGGAAAACAGGCACAAUUGUGUUGAUUAAACUUGUCGAGUGGCA